UGUAGCAGUGAAGGGUCCGCCGUCUCGCAGAAGAAGAAAAUAUGCCUCGGUGCAUGCAGGCAGCGGAGGAAACCCCGCCGAGCUAAAGCUAGCAAAGUAGGAACAUGGAAGAUGAGGAGGUCGCCGAAAGCUGGGAAGAAGCUGCUGACAGUGGGGAAAUGGAGAGAAGAUUAGAGGAGAAGCUGCGGAUUAGUCAGAAAGAGAGACUUUCAGGUGGGAGUUCGGGUCGCUCACCAAUGAAGACAGCUAUCAUGAUCCAGGACGACUCCCUUCCAGCCGCACCCCCUCCACAGAUCCGCAUUUUGAAACGACCCACCAGCAACGGAACCUUAGGAUCUUCUGUAACGCGGAGCCGACCCUCGCCACAAGUGAAGUCCUUAGCUCAGAGGGAGGCAGAAUACGCUGAAGCCAGGAAACGAAUCCUUGGUAGUGCUGAUGACACACCUCAGGAGAGACCCAGUUCAGACAGAUCACCACGUUCAGAGGACACAAGAUCAAACAACCAUGUGGUUCGGCAGCCAGCAGGUCCAGAUGGGACGCAAGGCUUUCGUCAGCGCAGAUAGGAAUAAAGAUCUAGGAGGAGAGGAGCUGUUGGUCUCCUAGUGUAAUGUUAAAAUUUAUUUUUAUCAAUAUUUAGGAUAUGGGAUGUUUAUGAAAUAAGAAGAAAAUCCCUUCACACCCAUCAUGGCUCUUGAGUCAGCAUGGAAUGUAAAAGGGGAGGAAGUAACAUGGAAGAGUGAA